AGGUCGACUGCACAGUUGUCACUCCCACUUUUCUCAAUAUUUGACACUUCAACAAAUUCCCAUGGAUUAAACUGAACUUUCUCUUUUUUUCAAAUCAACAAUCAGUAAAGAGGGCCGUUUUUCCUUCAAUACCAGUGACCCGAAGACAUUUAAUCAUGCUUGUACUAGUCCUUGGAGAUUUACACAUUCCACAUCGAUGCAGCAGCUUGCCCAACAAGUUCAAGAAACUUCUUGUACCUGGAAGGAUACAGCAUAUAUUGUGUACUGGAAAUCUUUGCACAAAGGAGUCUUAUGAUUAUUUAAAAACCUUGGCAAGCGAUGUCCAUAUUGUCAGAGGAGACUUUGAUGAAAAUCUCAAUUACCCAGAGCAGAAGGUAGUAACUGUAGGACAGUUUAGAAUAGGAUUAUCCCAUGGACAUCAAGUUGUGCCAUGGGGAGAUCCAGAAGCUUUGGCUUUAAUCCAACGUCAAUUGGAUGUUGAUAUCUUGAUAACUGGUCAUACUCAUAAAUUUGAGGCUUACGAGCACGAGAAUAAGUUUUAUAUCAACCCUGGAUCUGCAACUGGAGCCUACAAUCCACUUGACACGUCUGUGAUUCCUUCAUUUGUUUUAAUGGACAUUCAAAGUUCUACUGUUGUUACGUAUGUCUAUCAAUUGGUUGGUGAUGAGGUGAAGGUUGAGCGAAUUGAGUACAAGAAGAGUUAACAAUUCUCCAAAUCUAACUAAAUCGUGAAUAUAUUCUUUUUUAUCUAUAUAUAUAUGGCGGAUAUAAUAUAGCAUCAUCUAUUAUUGAUUACUUUUGUAAUGCGGCAACUGAAUGAAUUAUGUGCAGAGAUUAUUUAUAAGGUCAUUAAUUAAACACUUAUACAUGGCGUAUUAAGUGCUUAGCACUGCAAUUGUAAAUAAAAUAAUUUACUUGCAUACAAAGUUUCAUGAUUAACAUAAUUACAACAUUUUUCUUCUGUGACCAAAGUAAAACUGUGAAUCACAAAAAAUUUACAAGAAAAGCGAGCGAUAUUUUUAUUAUGACAAAUCGGAAAUAAUCUCAGUAAUUUAUUGAUCAUUCAACUUUGUGUGCGGAAAUAAAAUUGUACUGAAGCAUUAAA